UAAAAUGCAAGGCCGAUUCAUACCACUAGAUGUCUCUGUAACACAGAUUUUAUCAUAUUUAUAUGGAUUUUAUCCUUUAUGAAUUAUCAUUUGCUGUGAACCAGUCUCGCGUUGUCAGACCUAUCUCCACACUGUGAACCUAACAUGGUUGAUCGCGCUCGAUGUAACAGGUAAGUUCAGGGCAUGGUUCAGGGGAAGGGUAAAAUCCAUAAGUACGGAGGAAAUUCCGUUUCACUAUUUUUGACUGUGUGAGUGUUUUCAUUUCUUGAAACACUGGAGGUAAACGUAAGACAAGGAAUAUUUCCCAUUGCACCUGGGGAUUCCCAUUUAAAAGUGUUGCACUAACCCAUUGAGGACACACUCAAAGCAGGUGGAGUCAAAACAGCAUCACGUGACAAGGUGCAGACUUUUAUAGAGGUGUGCUUAGAUAAGAAAACAUAUUUUCACAAAGGCCUGUUAUGGAGACAGGUCAUUUGGCUGUGCCCGAACAGAGUGUGAGAUAUUGAGAUAUUUACAAUGGAGCUCAAUGGUACACUGAGUGAAGAUCAGAUUGAUGUUCUCUCUACUGAGUACUUAGUGUUACUCACUCCCAGUGUGAUUGGAAGUUUUUCUGUUCUGGUGGUUUCUACAGUGAGAUGGAGGCAUCUAAAAGAACAGGUGCUCCUCCUGGUGCAGCUCGCCCUGGCGGACCUCCUGGCUGCUCUGAUCCUGAUGUCCACCAGUGUCAUGAACAAAUUGAGUAUUGACAACAGUGUAAUCAUCUGCCAAUACAGCCUGCCACUGUCACUGACAUUUUAUUUUAUUUCAUUUUUGCUGGUGGUGGUUUACGCAUGGAAUUCAAAGAAUGCAAUCCAAGGGUGGAGAGCAAGAUCCACUGAGGAUGAGGGUGGACAGAGUCGGUGUAGAAGGAAAAUAGUCGCUAUACCUGUAUAUGCCAUUGUGUGGUUGAUCCCUAUUGCAAUAUACAUAGCAUAUGUGCUCACUCCAUUCAUAAAAACAACUCAGAUGAUUCCAGUCCCUGACAGAGCAUUGAUUUUCCGUAAUGAUAGCAAAUACUGCACCAGUUGUAUUUUGUUCUUGCACGUCUGGAGUGAUUCCUGCUCUGUUGCUGAGAGAAUUCAUGACACUUUCAUUAGAGUUGUUCUCUUCCUCGUUGUGAUAUCAGUGAUGCUUUCUUGCUCUGUCAUUUACUAUAAGGUUGGCAAAUGGUAUGAAAGACAUGAGCAGGGAGGGCUUUUUCCUGUGGAGGGAGAUGGACGUUCAAGAAGGAGAUUCAAAAGAGUGUUUUCUACUGCAAGAAAUAUGGUGAUGGUCAUCUUAUUCUGCUGGACACCAGCUCUUGUACUCAUUCUGCUGUCUACCCUGCUGAAUUGGAAAAACAUUGAACAACGCAGCCUAUUUGGCCUUUACAUGCUACAGGCUGCAAGCGUGUCCCUGCAAGGCUUUCUAAACAGUAUGGUGUACGCCUGGAGACGGCCCAACUUCAGGGAGGCUGUUCUAGGGGAGAAUACACCCCUGCUGGCACACGAACACCUGGCCUUCUUUGAUGAAUCACUGAGGAGCUCGUUGUGAUUCGACAAUUAGUCGCCUCUAAACACAUUGAGAGACAUUGUUGUGCUGCUGAAACAACACGCUGGCUGGAGAAAGACUGACUGCAAGCCUGACUUCAUGUCAAUCUAGACUGAAAAACAUAAUGUUCUCAUGUGUGGCCUGCAGAAGAAAAUGAAAUAGUUACUUACAGAUGAAGGAUGCACAAAGACUGAUGCAGUGUUUUUCUCUGCGGCUGCUGAUUUUUUAUGAAUUGAACAAACUCAUAGUUGAGUAUAGCAACAUAUUUGUUUGUAUAAAUGGGGACAAAGGGACUUUUGGAUAAAGUGUAGAAUUGUGUUUUAUUUAUACUGUGCUAAAAGUCCUAUUAAUGUACUGUUUUAUUGAGAUUUAAAUGUCAUAGAAAACAAUGGAAUUAUUGUGGCAUACGAUUUUCAUUUUGUUAUAUUUUGUCAAAUCACAUUUAUGUAAAGUAGUUUCAGAGAGGAAUGAUGAAAAACCUGUCAGGGUUACAUACUCUGCAUUCGCUGUUGUGUCAUAUCAGAAGCAUGUGUCACAUAUAGUCUGUGGAGCAUUUAUGAGUGGAACAAUGAGGAAUGCUGAGGUGCUGCACACAAGAGAAGGAACACGAUAUCUGCUUUGUCAUGCCUGUGUGCAACCACAACUGUAUCUCAUAAAGAAUCAUGUGUGGUUGUGUAACUGAGGACACACAUGAGGCAUAUACAGUAUAGUAGUUCACAAACACACACACACACACACAGGCACGACAAUCAGUACACUCAUGUCAUAGUAUCCUAAACUCCAUGAUAACUUUUAAGCAUGCGUGUCUGUCUCUGAGUUGAACUCCCUGUUAAUGGUUGACAGACUGCAGGCCAACUGGUUGGUGUUUGAAUAAGUGAUCACCUGACUCACUCAUUUAUCUAAUGUACUGUAAAAUCAACUUGAUGUUAACUUUCUUUGCUGAAGACCACACAGUCACCUGCAUGCUGUUGAUGCAUUUAAUAAAACAUAAGGGUUAUACAUAACA